AUGCGGUGGUGCCUUGCGUUGCUUAUCUGUGCCUUUGUGGCUACAGUAAACGCACUGAGUAGCUCUGGUAGCCGCCUGCUGGUGGUUUUGGAUGAGAGUACAGAGAAGAGCACUUAUUCGACAUUGUGGUCCGAUUUGGAAGCUCGAGGAUACGAUUUGUCUUUUGAAUCACCUAAGAGUGACAAGCUGUCCCUCUUCGAACAUGGCGAGAGAGCUUACGACCACCUCCUUAUCCUUCCUCCGAAGUCAAAGGGUCUUGGCCCCUCCUUGACACCUAAGCACAUCGUGGACUUCUUGAACAAAGAUGGCAAUAUCGUGCUCGCCCUUUCCGGCAAGUCGUCCACCUCUAGUGCCGUUAGCUCCCUCCUCCUUGAGUUUGACAUUCACCUCGCCAAUGACCGUUCCGCCGUCGUCAUCGAUCACUUCAACUACGAUACCAUCUCGGCCGCCGAGAAGCAUGAUGUCCUACUCCUCCAGCGAUCUACUCCCCUCCGCCCCGAUGUCAAGGCCUUCUUUGAUGGCGAGGGUGUUCUUGCUCUUCCUAGAGUAGCCCCUCAGACUCUCGGUAGCGACAGCCAGCUCCUCGCACCGAUCCUUCAAGCUCCUGCCACCGCUUACGCGUACAACCCCAAGGAAGAGAUCCCAUCUCCCGAUGACAUCGAGGCAACUGGCUCCCAGCUGAAUGUGGUUUCUGCACUUCAAGCCCGUAACUCCGCCCGCUUCACUGUUCUGGGCUCUGUCGAGGCUCUUGAGGACAAGUGGUUCUCUGCCUCAGUCAAGACUCCCAACGGCAAGAAGGUCCCCACCGUUAACCGGGAGUUUGCCCGCCAAUUGACUGGAUGGACAUUCAAGGAGACUGGUGUUGUGAAGGUUGGAAAGAUUGAGCAUCACCUGGUUACUGAUGGCGAGGUGGCUGCGGAAGAUCUGAACCCUAAAAUUUACCGCAUCAAGAACGAGACUGUUUUCCGCAUUGAGGUCUCGGAAUACUCUUUUGAUAAGUGGGUACCCUUUGAGGUUCCCGCCGAGGAUCAACUACAGCUCGAGUUCACUAUGCUCUCGCCCUUCCACCGUCUGGCUCUUCAGCCCAUCAGUCGCACUGAGACUAGCACUGUGUUCGGCACCCAGUUCGUCACUCCGGACCAGCAUGGAAUCUUCUCCUUCCGUGUAAACUACAAGCGUCCUUUCCUUACAAACAUCGAGGAGAAGCAUGAGGUGACUGUUCGUCACUUUGCACACGAUGAAUACGCUCGCAGCUGGGCUAUCAGCGGUGGCUGGGUAUGGAUCGCCGGCCUCUGGGCUGUUGUUGGAGGCUUCCUGGCCUUCGUCAUUGUCUGGCUGUACUCGGCUCCCACAGUCAACAAAGCCAAGAAGACCCAGUAG